AUGUCGCCUGCUCCCUCGACGCGCUUCCAGCCGCACACGCCCAACCCGGCGACCCGUCCUCAGAACGUCGGAAUCCACGCGAUUGAGGUCUACUCGCCCCUGCGAUGCAUCGACGAGGCUGAUCUCGAGCGGUUCGACGGCGUUCCCGCUGGAAAGUACACCAUCGGACUCGGACAGGAGCGCAUGGCCUUCUGCGACGACCGCGAGGACAUCAACUCGUUCCUCCUCACCGUCACGAAGACGCUUCUCGAGAAGUACGAGAUCCCUCCCGCCUCGAUUGGUCGCAUCGACGUCGGCACCGAGACCCUCAUCGACAAGUCCAAGUCGGUCAAGACGCUCCUGAUGGACCUCUUCCCUGGCAACUCGGACAUCGAGGGCAUCGACAGCAAGAACGCGUGCUACGGCGGCACGGCGGCCCUCUUCAACGCCGUCAACUGGGUCGAGUCGAGCAGCUGGGACGGACGCUACGCGAUUGUCGUUGCUGGAGACAUUGCCAUCUACGCCGAGGGCGGCGCGCGGCCGGUUGGUGGUGCCGGUGCUUGCGCCAUGCUCAUCGGUCCCGAUGCCCCGCUUGUCCUGGAGCCCGUCCACGGCACCCACAUGGCCAACGUCUACGACUUCUACAAGCCGCACCUCUCCUCCGAGUACCCCGAGGUCGACGGUCCCUUGACGCAGACGUGCUACCCCAACGCGCUCGAGAAGUCGUACGACGCGUUCCGCACCAAGGAGUCCCGGCGACUUGGCAAUUCGAAGGGCGACAAGAAGGACGUCUCGCUCGACGACUUUGACUACGUUUGCUUCCACUCGCCCUACGGCAAGCUCGUGCAGAAGGGCUUUGCGCGCUUGAUGUACAAGGACUUCCUCUCCAACCCCGACGCCGAGCGCUUCUCGUCCAUCUCCAAGGUGUUCCUCGAGCCCGAGCGCGCGGCCAACGUCCUCGACAAGGAGAUCGAGAAGGCGUUCACCACGCUCUCGUCGGCCGACUUCAAGGCCAAGGUCGGCCCAUCGACCCUGACCUCGAAGCGCCUCGGCAACAUGUACGCCGGCUCGCUUUACGGCGCGUUCGCCUCGCUCCUCGACACGGUCGACUCGCAGACCCUCCAGGGCAAGCGCAUCGCGCUUUACUCGUACGGAUCCGGACUCGCCGCGUCGUUCUUCACCGUCCGCGUCAAGGGCGACACGAGCGAGAUUCAGGAGAAGCUCAAGCUCAAGGAGCGGCUCGAGAAGAACCAGGUCCGCAGCUGCGAGGAGUUCAUCGAGGCGCUCAAGCUCCGCGAGGAGAAGCACAACAUCUCGGACUACACGCCCUCGGGCCGCAUCGAGGACAUCCCCACCGGCGCGUACUACCUCCACCACUGCGACUCGAAGCACCGCCGCGUGUACAAGAUCCGCGGACACGAGGGCGAGCAGGACGUCGUCGAGUCGGCGAACGGCGACAAGCCGCACGUCGCGUAA